ACUCCUGGUCAGUUAAUGGAGUCAGUGUGCUUGAUAUUAGGAUGCUACUUAGCAAGUUACUGUGACGCAACUGAUACAUUACCUGAGAAGAACAGCUCUCUCAGUCAGCCCAUUGGUUCAUACAUAGGAGGGCUGGAAUCACACACUGGAGGACAAAAUGAAGACAAGAAGUUUGCGUGUCAUAUUUGCCAAAGAAGAUUUAACCAGAAAAGUAAUCUUAAUGUGCACAUGCUUGUGCACAAUGGUGUCAAGACAUUUGAAUGUAAUGUUUGUCAUAAGAUGUUUAUGAGACAUGGUGAACUUAAGGCUCACAUGUUUGUACAUAGUGAUGAAAAAUUAUUUCAGUGUGAUAUUUGCAAAAAGAAAUUUACCCACAAAGUAAGUUUAUAUAAUCAUUCUUUAAUCCAUACGGGGGAAAAAAAUUUUGAAUGUCAGAUAUGUAAUAAGCGAUUUCUGAGAAAUGGUGACCUUACAACGCAUAUGUUGGUUCAUACUGGUGAGAAAAGGUUUCAGUGCCAUGUUUGUGAGAAGAAAUUCACCACAAAGACUAACCUGAACUCACAUUUAGUUGUUCAUACUACAGAAAGGAAUUACACAUGCUCUGUCUGUCAUAAGAAGUUUGGAAGGAGAAGCUAUUUAAAUACACAUAUGCUCACACAUUCAGGUGAGAAAAAGUAUGAAUGUGAAGUCUGUAAGAAAAAGUUUCUCCAGGUUAGCCACCUUAAUACGCAUAUGCUUUGUCAUAGUGAAGAUCGCAAGUUUGAAUGUCAAAUGUGUGGAAAACGCUUUGCAUUGAAAGGCCGCCUUGAUACACACAUGCUUGUUCACACUGGAGAGAAAAGGCAUGAAUGUCAGAUUUGUAAUAAAAGAUUCACUCAGAGUGGUAGUCUCUACACCCACAUGCUAUCCCAUACAGAAGAGCGAAAUUUCAAGUGUGAAACAUGUGGUAGAAAAUUUACUAGGAGGAACACACUGAACAGACACAUGAUAGUUCAUGGUGGAGAAAGAAACUUUGUUUGCAGUGUUUGUGAAGAAAGAUUUGCCCGUAAGGGCUGCCUUAAGCGACACAUGCAAAUUCACACGAGAGGGAAGACAAUGUUGGAGGAGGAAAGUGAAGGUUUUGACUAUAUGGAUGUGACACAGUUGCUAAAAUUGGAAAUGGGUCCAGUGAAGGAGGAGCAGAUGGAAGACUGCAUAAAUUUGCCUGAUGAUUGAAAAUCAUAGUAUAUUUAAGAGAAUUCAUGUUUACUGAAACCAUAAAAAGCAUUAAAAGCAUACAUCAAAGUACAGUAUGUUGCAGGAUGUACACAACCCAGUAUUUAUAUUGAAAUAGCUAUGUUAGUUGUUUUCAACAAGUGCUGAUGAGUUCUACUGAAACUUAGUGAAAGUGAAUAGAGUGGACCAACAUAUAUUCUAAGGUGUUAUGACUUUAAAUUUAAAUAGAUGAAAAAUAUCAGUAACAGGAUUGACAUGGUACCUGGUAUGAUCUAUCUCUUUCAAUCUCACACCUGUUUGUACCGUUUCUAAACCAAAACUGUAGUUAUAUUUUUGUGAUUGAAUAUGAGCAUUGUCAGGUGCAAUUAUAAUAGCUAUAAUGUUCAAAAGUUUUCUGUUUUACAGUGAGGCUGUUUUAACCAGCAGACAGAAUCUUCCAUCUUAGUUUCUUAUGAAGUCUGCAACUGUAUUCAUAGUAAAGAAAGCCUCAGAAAUAUUGCACUACAUAAUAGAGAAAGACUCAGAAAUGUUGUAUAUAGUAGAAAAAGCCUCAGAAUUACUGUAUAUUCAGAAGUUGUUAACUGAUGCAUUACUCAUGUUUGAGUGGGGAAGUAAAAAUAAUGAUAGGUAAAACUGCACUAAUGUCAAAGGCAACUUAGGAAUAUUUGAAGUUUGUAUUUUCCAUAUUGGAUAAUGCUUAUGAAAUUAAGAAUUAAUAAUAAAGUAUUGUAAACUAGGUGCACACAGAUACUAGAAAGAAAUGGUAGAAAAUUGAGUACUAAAAAUAUUUGAAGCAAAAUGUAGGCAUUGUACCCAGGGCUUAGGACUAGUGUCACUAAAGUGCACUAUAUUUUGGUAUAAUCUCUCCCUCUAAGCUCAGUACAAUUUUGAUCUUCACUAAACAGGGGGUGUUUGUUUCAAGUAUGACUGAUCACUGAAAAUAGGUUUGCUGUACUCCUGAUUUUUAUAGAACUAAUCACUCAUGCAUAAAUUAUGUACAGUACAUUACCUUUGUGUAUAUAAUUGCACUUUAUGCACAAUUUUAGGGUAAAAUGAGGAUUGCUUGUCCCAAGGAACACUUAGCUUUUGAUAUCUAGUUGUUUUCUUUUACUGAAUGUACAGUAGUUUUGUAUGAUGUUGAAGGAAGAAUUUAUCUUUGUGAGUCCUUGUCUUGUUUUGAAUAGAAAUUUAUUCCUUCAUGAAUUAAUCUUGACUUUGUUCAUUUCUGUUUUGUGAUACCUGGAAUUCUUGUUAUGAAAUAGAAUGAUUGAUUUCUAAUUUUA